AUGAAAGCCGGAAGUUUAAAGAAUUUAAGAGAAGGUGCUACAGUAUACAAACUCGCAAAUGAUUUUCCUAACGGUGGUGGUGGCGGCCAUGUAGAAUAUGGCUAUCCUACUGGAUAUGUGGGAACUUAUGGAGGUCCACGCGGAUGCGUGCAUGGAGGUGCACACGGAGGUGCACAUGGAGGUGCACACGGACGCUUACAUGGAGAAUUUGAAGGAAAUAUAUUUCCGCAACCUUGCGAUCAUUAUGGUCCACCUUGCGUUGCUAAAGCACCCAAUCCGUAA